GACAGGAAUAAUUAUAAUUACCCAAUGCACCCAAUGAACAACCUCUAUGGCCGAACUUUAUCUGAAACCACUUCCGAUUCCGGUGGGUGUCGGCAUGGCGGCAGAAGUUGGAGAUAUGAUAAAGCCUAGAGUAGUAAUUUUAGGAGGUUGUGGUUUCAUUGGCAGAAACCUUGUACAGUACCUGAUUGAAAAUGACCUCGUAUCAACAGUGCGUGUGGUAGACAAAGUUCCACCACAAACUGCAUGGCUCAAUGAAAAACACCAACGUUUAUUCAACAUUCCGAAAGUCCAGUUUAAAAGUGCCAACCUGAUAAGUCCUGCAUCCUGCCAGUCUGCGUUGUCAGUGGAGGAAGGUGGUGGUUUUGAUUAUGUGAUCAAUUGUGCAUGUGAAACAAAACCUGGACAAACUGACCCUGUCUACAGAGAAGGAAUUUUGAAACUCAGUCUGAACUGUGCUGUAGAGGCAGCCAAACUGAAUGUCAAGAGGUUUGUCGAGGUUUCCUCAGGGCACAUGUGUUCCUCUAAUAAGGUUCCCCACAAAGAAGAUGGGAAGAUAGAACCAUGGACGUAUCUUGCUAAGUUUAAGAGGCAGGUAGAAGAAGAGCUUCAUAAUAUUGCUGGCCUUAAUUUCACAAUUGUAAGGCCUGCUAUUGUGUAUGGAAUAGGUGAUCGACAUGGUCUGGUGCCGCGUCUUGUGAUUGGGGCAGUGUACAAGCAUCUAGGUGAGAUGAUGAAGCUUCUCUGGGGCAAAGACCUGAAGAUGAACACAAUACAUGUGACAGAUCUAUGUCGUGCUAUCUGGCACUUGGCAUUACGAGAUGAUACAUUGUCUCAAAUUUAUAAUGUGGUGGACAAAGGUGACACUACUCAAGGAAUGAUUAGCAACCUGGUAUCUGAAAUAUUCAACAUUAACCAUGACUAUUGGUCCUCUAUAAACUUAUCAUUAUGUAAGCUCGACAUGGCUAGUUUAGUAGAUGAAGUAAAUGACAAACACCUUGGGCCAUGGGCAGAGGCAUGCACUCAAAGUGGAGUGGAGAAUACACCAUUAACUCCAUACAUUGACCAAGAGCUACUGUAUAAUAAACAUCUGUACAUGGAUCCUAGUAAACUUGAGAGCACAGGGUUUUCAUGGCUGGUGCUGCAAAUCAGCCGAGAUAAACUGCAGGAGCCAUGGGCAUCAGUAUGAUUGGUGCCUAGUUUUUGUGAAGCCAGAUAUGAAUGUUGUGCCAGUGAUGAUCAGCCUACUGGUAUCCUCACAUUUGUUAACUUCAUCAGCAAUCCAAAAUGACAAAUAUAUGAGGUGUGAACAGUAGUAAUGCUGUUCAGUGUUGCACAGUGAAGUUUUGUGGUGAUAGAUUUUUUUUUUAAAACAUGGAACAUUUAUUAGGGUAAUUCCUUUGAGACAUGGUCAUGGUCAUUAGCAAGAAGCAAAUAUUUUUCCAUUAUACUUCAAUUCUUUAUCUAGAAGAGCAUUUGUGCUUGUUCGUUGAACAUCGUGGUUCGGCUUAUUUAGUGUAUGUGCAAUAAUUCCCUGCCAGCAGUAUUACAUCACAGAUUAUGAACAUUCUCCAUAUCACCAUCACCUUCAUUUCCACGUAACUAUAAAUGGACUACACUGUAUAACUGUAUUACUUUUGUAUUGUUGAAUCUACAGGUGACAAUAUUCCUAGUAUAAGAGAAGUGCUUGAUGAACCAAAUAUAAAGUAAAGAAUAUGAGAAGAGAAAAACCAGUUCAAUAAUUGCAUUCCAUUAAGCUAAAAAUGGGAUCUUUUUUUGCAAGUCAGUCGAAAUAUAAUCUUAUUUAGUGUCCAUUGUUUAUAUUCUAUCAAAAUUGUAAAAGUGUUGCAAUUCUGAUGGAAUAUAAACAAUGGACUCUACUAUGAACAAUUGCAAUGGGAUGCUGAAAUACAGAAUCAUAAUCUGUAAUAUUCUAUUAUUGACUUUUAUACACAUAUUGAUUAUUUUAAUUAUUAUUAAUGCUAAGAUAUAAUUAAGAAUUGUUGAUAUAUGCUAAAGUAAUCAUCCUAGUGCAUACUGCUACUGUCAUGAAUAAUUAAGUAAGACAGGAGUUAUGAAUUGUACAAGCUGGGAGUCUGCGUGACCAAUCAAAACCAGUUAUGUGUUCCUCACUGAUUACAGGGGUUGACCAGGAAGAACUUAUGGCCUCUUAAAGAGUACUAUCUUAUGAGUUGUUGUGCCAUGUAGUCUGAUGGAAGUUCAUGAACAUUUUGGAAGACCAUUGUGAACUUCUACUGGACUAUGCAGUGUCACUCCCAGAAGAUAAUGUUCUUCAGUCACAAUUAUCAGAACUGAAAAUCCAAUCAUGGAGUGGUACUUGUGAAUCACAGGCUAGGUACUUCUGAUAUUGCUGAUUUCUUUAAUUUAUUUGUUAGUAUCUAUCCAUAUUGAACUAUGUAGCAAAUUCAUUUCCUUGUCUGAGGACUACUAUUUUGUCAGUCACCCUGUGUGCUCAUUCAGCCUGUUUUAUAAUUGUAACAUUUGUGGGAAUAUUAUAUACUUUUGAUUUUGUGAAUGCUAGGAGCAUCAGAAUAAAAAUACCUAGGCUUCACCAUCUAGUGGCCUCUGUCUGCUAGCUCUGAGGAGGAAUACUGAAGUGCCCAAGAGACUAUUUUGCUUUUUUUUUUCUUAAGUUAUUAGUGGCUGAAUAGCAUAAAAAAUAUGGAAUUGUAAGCAGUUCUGAUGGAGUUAGUCUCUUAAUAGAAGAAAUUUUCAAAUUGUUAAUUGUUACACUGGUUUAUAUAUGUAUAUUUGAAAAUUUGUAUAGAAGUGACUAACCUUGGAAAACACUGAUGCUUUCAGAUCAUCUCUUGUGCAAGCUGUGGUUAUUCACUGUGGUUAUCUCACUUCUGUUAAUUUGCAUAAUUAUGAAUUUACUGGUAGAUUGUUACAUAUAAUUUAAGAUGACAUUUAUGUGGGUUUCCAGAAGACCUUUUUAAAGUAACAAACAUGUUAACAAUGUAUUGUUUUUUUAACACAUUUGGUCAUGUAAAAAGCAAGUUAAUUAUUCUUGUGAAAAUGAUAACUAUUUCAUAUUGAGGUAACAUAUUUCACUGUUCUGUAACUUCAUGAAACUUUUAUUGAACAUAUAGUUAGUUACAAUAUCGUAAGAUAUGUUGUUUGAAUAUGAAAUGGUUUUCAGUAAUGAUCAACUGCAGCAUGGCUACCUUUCAGGCUGGCAUGGGGAAAAUGUGCUUUCUGUAACUGCAGAGUAAUGAAUAGAAAUGUGAGAGAUGCAAUGAAAUGUUUACAAUAUUAUAUUUAAGCAUCCUGUUGCACUCUAAACGAUAAAUGAUAUAAACUCCGUCCCAAGUGCA